GGCUCAUCAUCACUCAUGGCUUUUCUACUUUUCUUGCGUAUGUUCAAAUUGGGUGUCAAAUAAACCAAAUAAUCAGCAUUUAAUAUAUCAAUUCAUCGAAUCAAACAAAACCCUAGAAACCCAAUUUGUGGGAUCUGUUUAUAUUCCCUAAAAAUUGUAACUUUUUGUGUUUUCUGAUGAAAACAGAGAACCCCACCUGGUUAUAAGCAAGUUUGGAGACCGAUUAAUCGCUCAUCACCUCCGGUUCCGGUUGAUUUCACCGUUCCCACUAUGGACUCUUUAAAUUUGUACGUGGAUGGCGCUUCAUGGUCUGACGAUGAGCCCGAAGUUUACCGAAAGGGAACCGGGGUUUUUAUUCCGAAUCUGGAAAUCAUCGAGACGGAUAAUAAUCAAACAGAAAAUCCCGUCUCGAUUGACGUCCUCCCAGACGAUAUUCACGAAAGAAUUCUAUCGUGCCUUCCGUUAUCAGCCAUAUUUAAAGCGUCUUCCGUGUGUAAGAGGUGGUAUCAAAUCAUCCACUCGAAGAAAUUCACGUUAAAAGACGCGAAUUUCUUGUCGGAAAAAACAUGGUACUUCAUGUUCACGAGCUCAGUCGAGCCUGUCGGUUAUCUUUACGACUCGGGUCUUAGAAAAUGGUACAACUUCGAGCUCCCGUUCAUGGUCCACCACACAUGGAACGUUGCUCCAUCGUGUGGUCUCGUAUGUUUCAUGGACGAUGAAACCAGUAAAGCGAUCUAUAUUUGUAAUCCCAUGACUCGAGAAUACGAAAUUCUCAACAUUCCACCGAGCCCGGGUUUCCCGGUUUAUAGCGCGUUGGCAUUCUCCGUUGACCAGUCAAAGUCAAAAUACACCAUCUCCGUCGUUAGGUCAAUGCAAGCUUCCGACGAUUUCUUGUUAUGGAACGUUUCCAUUCAGGUUUACGAUUCGCAGGAAACGACAUGGUUACCUCCGGUAAUGGGAGCUAUGCAAGGGUGGAGACCAGGGGACGUAAGCGUAAUUUGCGACAACGUUUUGUACAUUUUGGUCUUUUGCACAAGGUCGAAUGAAGUUCAGAACUUUCACGGGAUGAUAACAUACAAUCUCGAUAAUAUCAACCCAUCCAUCGGUAUCUUGAAGGACGAAUCGGUAAUUUUAGCACCGUGCGCGCUUACUUGUGGACGGUUAAUGAACGUUCAAAGAAAGCUCGUGCUUGUCGGGGGUAUUGGUAGACCGAACAGACCAGGGGUAAUAAAGGGAAUUGGCAUAUGGGUGCUUAACGGGAGGGAGUGGACGGAAAUUACGAGAAUGCCCCACAAGUUUGUGCAGGGGUUCGGGGAAUUAGAUGAUGUUUUCGCUAGCAGUGGUGGUGGUGAUCUGAUAUACAUACAGAGUUAUGGAGGAACCGCGUUGCUUAUAUACGAUAUGAACACGAGACAGUGGUUUUGGUCGCAGAAGUGUUCGAUGCAUAAGAAGUUUCCUCUUGAGAUCUUUUCUGGAUUUUGCUUUGAACCCAGGCUGCAGUUCAUGUAACAAAUUGUGGUCUGGUUUCAAGGUUUUUUGGUCUUUUUUUUGAUUUGGUAAUCUGAAAUGUUGAAUUUUGCAUAUGUUUUUAUACAUGUUAUUAUGUUUUAUUUAAUGGGGAAACAAAUGUGUUGGUUUUGUAUGCUAUGGAAGAAUAUUUGCCUU